GUACCCGCGGGGGAAGUGGCAUCGGGGCCUGGGCUGGGCAGGGCUGCCCCGCCCCAACUCCGGGUGAAAAUCGGGGAGGGGUCACGGGUCACGGGCCUAGGCGUGGGGACCCGCGCAGUUGGGCCAUUGCUCCGCUUCCCGCCUGGCUGGCCCGCCCAGGGGGCGGGCUUGGGGACGCUUUGGGUCUUAGGUUUUAGCAGCUUAGAGAGCUAACGAAGGGAGAAGCAGAUUUGGGGGAGGCUGGCCUGGAGCCCCGGGGCCCGCUUUCUGUUGCAGCACAAGGAGCUGCUAAUUGGGGUGUGGGUGGGUGCGGCUUGCCCGGGGGAUUUAGCACUUAGGGAGGUGAGUCAUAGGUGCACCUGCCCGGUUCACCUGCAGCCACUUGGCACACUGGGACUGGCACAGUGGGACUUGCGGGCAUGAUGCGCCCGUGGGUGGAGAUGGGUGUUCAUCCCCCAUUCCUUGGAGAAUCUGGACCUGCGUGUUUCAUUGAUUGUAAAAUGUGACAGGAACGCGCACCUCGCUUCAUGUGCUUGGGGAGUGUUUAGUGAGCACCUGCUAUGCGCCAGGCAGUGGGCACAGGGACAUGGCUGGGAUGAUAGACAGAUUCAGCCCUGCCAGCACAGGUUUGGUGGGGGGGAUGGAUCCAAAGCAAAUGAGGAGAUAGAACAAGCUUCCAGCUCACAUGGUGUCAGGAGGGAUCAGAAGUCUGCAAGGGGCUGAGGGGACAGCCAGUCUUAGCACCUGAAGGUGAUAAGGGGGAAGGGCCCCUGGGCCAGUAGGAACAGGUGGGGGUGGCAGGGGGAUGGGCUUCCAGGCAGAAGGAACAGCUGUUGCAAAGGCGGUGAGUGGAAACGGGCCUGGCAGGGCAUAGGAGCAGCAAGGAGGUGGAGAUGGAGGAGGUGGAGGCUUGGUUGCUGAGUCUUAUCUGUAAAAUGAUGAGGUGUGCUCUGGGUCUCCUGGCUCAGCGGCAUCGAGACCUGAAGGUGUUGGGUACUUCUGAGUCUCCAAGCUGCAUCCGGUCUUGGGAUGUGGAUCCAGGCAUCUGCAACCUUGAUGAACAGCUCAAGGUCUUUGUGUCCCGACACUCUGCCACCUUCUCCAGCAUCGUGAAAGGCCAGCGGAGCUUGCACCACCGUGGCGAUACCCUGGAGACCCUGGUCCUCCUGAACCCAUCAGACAAGUCCCUGUGUGAUGAGCUCCGGAACCUUCUGUUGGACCCUGCUUCUCACAAGCUGCUGGUGUUGGCUGGGCCCUGCCUGGAGGAGACGGGGGAGCUGCUGCUACAGACAGGGGGCUUCUCGCCCCACCACUUCCUCCAGGUCCUGAAGGACAGAGAGAUCUGGGACAUCCUGGCCACCAUGCCCCCACCUGCACAGCCACCAGUACUCACCAUCACGUGCCCAACCUUCGGAGAUUGGGCCCAGCUGGCACCUGCUGUACCCGACCUCCAGGGGGCGCUCCAGCUGCGGCUGAACCCCCCGGCGCACCUGCCCAACUCUGAGGGCCUGUGUGAGUUCCUGGAGUACGUGGCAGAGUCUCUGGAGCCGCCGUCCCCCUUCGAGCUGCUGGAGCCCCCCACCACCGGGGGUUUCCUCAGGCUGGGCCGGCCCUGCUGCUACAUCUUCCCUGGAGGCCUCGGGGAUGCCGCCUUCUUUGCUGUCAAUGGCUUCACCGUGCUGGUCAAUGGUGGCUCGAACCCCAAGUCCAGCUUUUGGAAGCUGGUGCGGCACCUGGACCGCGUGGAUGCCGUGCUCGUGACCCACCCGGGCGCCGACAGCCUCCCCGGCCUCAACAGCCUGCUGCGGCGCAAACUGGCCGAGCGCUCCGAGGUGGCUGCUGGUGGGGGCUCCUGGGACGACAGGCUGCGCAGGCUCAUCUCCCCCAACCUGGGGGUGGUGUUCUUCAACGCCUGCGAGGCCGCAUCGCGGUUGGCGCGCGGCGAGGACGAGGCGGAGCUGGCACUGAGCCUCCUGGCACAGCUGGGCAUUACGCCCCUGCCCCUCAGCCGCGGCCCCGUGCCGGCCAAGCCAACCGUGCUCUUUGAGAAGAUGGGCGUGGGCCGGCUGGACAUGUACGUGCUGCACCCGCCCUCCACUGGCGCCGAGCGCACGCUGGCCUCCGUGUGCGCCCUGCUGGUGUGGCACCCUGCGGGCCCCGGUGAGAAGGUGGUGCGCGUGCUGUUUCCCGGCUGCACCCCGCCCGCCUGCCUCCUGGAUGGCCUCCUCCGCCUGCAGCACUUGAAGUUCCUGCGAGAGCCUGUGGUGACACCCCAGGACCUGGAGGGGCUGCGGCGAGCUGAGAGCAAAGAGAGCGUGGGCUCCCGAGACAGCUCGAAGAGAGAGGGUAUGCCCGCCGCCCACCCUAGACCUGUCCUAGAGCGCCCUGGGGUGGCCCGGAAGGAGCCAGCACGGGCUGAAGCCCUGCGCAAGACUGAGAAGGAAGCCAAGACCUCCCGGGAGGUGAAGAAGGACCCCAAGCCGAGUGUGCCCCGGCCCCAGCCUCGGGAGGUGCGCCGUGCAACCUCUUCUGUGCCCAGCCUCAAGAAGACUGGUGCCCAGGCAGCACUCAAGCCCCGCAAAGCACCCAGCACAGCGCCGAGCACAUCACACUCUGGCUUCCCGCCUGUGGCAAAUGGACCUCGUAGCCCACCUGGCUUCCGAUGUGGAGAGGCCAGCCCCCCAAAUGUGGCAGGUGGCUCGCCCGCCUCCCAGCUGGUGGCCACGCCCAGCCUGGAGCUGGGGCCCAACCCUCCUCCAGCUGGGGAGGAGAAGGCGCUCGAGCUGCCACUGGCUGCCAGCUCGAUCCCGAGGCCACGCACACCCUCCCCUGAGUCUCGCCGGAGCCCCGCGGAGGGCAGCGGGCGGCUGUCGCUGAGCCCACUGCGGGGUGGGGAGGCUGGGCCUGAUGCCUCCCCCACAGUGACCACGCCCACGGUGACCACGCCCUCACUGCCCGCAGAGGUGGGCUCCCCGCACUCCACAGAAGUAGACGAGUCCCUGUCUGUGUCCUUUGAGCAGGUGCUGCCGCCAUCCGCCCCCACCAGUGAGGCUGGGCUGAGCCUCCCGCUGCGUGGCCCCAGGGCUCGGCGCUCGGCCUCCCCACACGAUGUGGACCUGUGCCUAGUGUCACCCUGUGAGUUUGAGCAUCGAAAGGCGGUGCCCAUGGCGCCAGCCCCUGCGUCCCCUGGCAGCUCCAACGACAGCAGCGCCCGGUCACAGGAGCGGGCAGGUGGGCUGGGGGUUGAGGAGACGCCACCCACGUCAGUCAGCGAGUCCCUGCCCACGCUGUCUGACUCAGACCCUGUGCCCCUGGCUCCCGGUGCCGCAGACUCGGAUGAGGACACAGAGGCCUUUGGAGUCCCUCGCCAUGACCCUUUGCCUGACCCCCUCAAGGUCCCCCCACCACUGCCUGACCCAUCCAGUAUCUGCAUGGUGGACCCAGAGAUGCUGCCCCCCAAGACAGCGAGGCAGACGGAGAACGUGGGCCGCACCCGGAAGCUGCUGACGCGCCCCACCUCACGUGCUGCCACCCCCAAAGCCACUCCAGUGGCUGCUGCCAAAACCAAGGGCCUUGCUGGUGGGGACCGGGCCAGCAGGCCACUCAGUGCCCGGAGUGAGCCCAGUGAGAAGGGAGGCCGAGCACCCCUGUCCAGAAAGUCCUCAGCCCCCAGGACUGCCACUCGAGGCCCACUGGGGUCAGCCAGCAGCCGGCCCGGGGCAUCAGCCACCCCUGCCAAGUCCCCGGUCUACCUGGACCUGGCCUAUCUGCCCAGCGGAAGCAGCGCCCACCUGGUGGACGAGGAGUUCUUCCAGCGCGUGCGCGCGCUCUGCUACGUCAUCAGUGGCCAGGACCAGCGCAAGGAGGAGGGCAUGCGGGCCGUCCUGGACGCGCUGCUGGCCAGCAAACAGCAGUGGGACCGUGACCUGCAGGUGACCCUGAUCCCCACCUUCGACUCGGCGGCCAUGCACACGUGGUAUGCGGAGACGCACGCGCGGCACCAGGCGCUAGGCAUCACAGUCCUGGGUAGUAACAGCAUGGUGUCCAUGCAGGACGACGCCUUCCCCGCCUGCAAGGUGGAGUUCUAGCUGCCACCCACACGCCCCACACCCACCACCCGCCCUGCCCCUAGACUCAGCCACAUCAGAAAUAAACCAUGAUUGCACUUGC